AUGAGUUCAACGCAAACCAGCGAGCGGGCGCCGCUGCUGCGUCAGGACACCGCUCGUCCCAAACCGCCGCGUACUGUCACCUUCAAUGCCAAUCCCGUUAGCCGAACCAUAAGUCCAGCGCCAGCCUCGCUCAGCUCAUCGCCGACACCGAAUCCACGAGAGCUCAUCCUCAAUCGGUCCCGAUCGACCCCUGGCGUGCCCAUCACUGGUGCUGCUGCUACCUCCUCCACGUCCGGCACGCCGCCCAUGCUCUCAGCUCUCAAUAGUCGCCUGCGGAGACGGAACAGCCAUGGUGGCGCAGCCGGCUUCACUUCACUUCCCCCGUCGAUUGGGCCCCUUCCAAAGAUUGGACCACAGCGCAGUUCCAAGACGGCCCAAAAGCUCAAGCUCUUGCCAGCGCCAGAUGAGGACGGAGAAUUCGAUGAGGAAAGCGGCCGUGACGUCUACUCGCAGUUUACCCGGAUCAAGGACCCUACUGCGCGUCGCGAUGCUGCAAGACUGGGAAAAGCAGAUCGAGAUAGGCUACCACGAGUCACAGCAUAUUGCACGGCCAACAAGUACAAGAUUGAGGACUUGAUGCGCUUCCUCAAGGGCAAGAGCAAAGCGCGGGGCGCAAAUCCGAAACUUAUCGAUGAGUGCAUUUAUUCGCCAUAUAACUACAACGGUGGCAAGAACGCGCAGAGGCAGGAGAAUUCGUAUCACGCCAUGGAUCAUUCGGCACAGCACAGUCAGGAGCGGCGUCAUUCCACAGGCCAGUUCGAGGAGGCCUCUGAGCUGCAACGGCGAGAGAACGACCUCAUUGACUUGCGAGAAGAGCAUAAACAACAGGAGCAAGACUCUCUCGACGUGUCAACAUCCGCGAUGGAUCGAUCUCCAACCUACGGCAAUGGACGGGAUGUCAACAACGAUCUGGCGUAUCCUGACCACGAAGAUGCCGUGGAGGGAGAUCAUAACAGCCGUAGACGGCAAGACCCAGAUUUUGACACCCAGGUACACACGCCUGAGGUCUUCAUCUUUGACUACGGCGUGGUUGUGAUUUGGGGCAUGACACUAGCACAUGAACAACGAUUCUUGAAAGACAUUGCAAAGUUUGAGUUGGACAAGCUCGAGUCGGCCGACGUGGAAACCGAGUGCUUCAACUUUUACUACACCCGAGAGUACCAGCCCCGGAUAUACAACGACUUCAUCACAUUGCGUGACAAGGGCAACUACAUGACCAAGCUCGCCAUCUCGCACGCACUGGCUCAGAGUGUCAAGACAAGCCUGUUCGAGGAAAUGAUAGCGAGCACAGUCGACGAGUGCAAAGACAUCCCCACCCAGAUCGCCAUGACGGGCAAGAUUGCCCUCAGUCGUAAGGAAAUCAACAUGCAGAUCGGAGAGCUCUUCAUCCUCCGCAUCAACAUCCACCUCAACGGAAGUGUGCUCGACACCCCCGAGCUCUUCUGGGUCGAGCCGCAUCUAGAGCCGGUGUAUCAGGCCGUCCGUAGCUAUCUGGAGAUGGACCAAAGGGUUGGUCUCCUCACAGAGCGGCUGGAUGUCAUUGCGGAUCUGCUAGCCGUGUUGAAGGACCAGCUGAGCCAUGGCCACGGCGAAAUGCUGGAAUGGAUUGUCAUUAUCCUCAUUGCUGCCGAAAUCCUCGUUGCGGCAAUCAACAUUGUCGUCGACCUGUACGCUGGAGUAGACUGA